ACUUCGUUCCUCGGUCGCUUAUUUUAUCUGCGGUUCAUUUCCAACGCGAACCGAGUCGACCCACCGCCAUCUUAGUCCGUGGACGUUACGAAUGGGAGGGAGGAAGAAAGGAAUCGCAAGAUAAAGAUUUAGAGAAACCCCUUGAAAUUGAUCGCCAAUUGAUCCUUUUGUUCUUCCUCUUUGUGCGUAUGAUCCCAGCGACCGCUAUCAUGUCGGCCUCCGAGAAGGCCACGUCCUCCCCUUCCCCCUCCACUUCUCCCUCUCCUCCUUUCCACCUGUCUUCCUCCGACUCCAAGAUGGGCUUCGCCGAGCGAGCCAUCUCCGCCGCCGGCGCCGCCCUCGUUUCCUCCAUCAUCGUCAAUCCCCUCGACGUCGCAAAGACAAGGUUGCAAGCACAAGCAGCUGGAGUACCAUAUAACACUUCGCAGCAUCAGAUUUGCAUGGAUGUUAGGUGUUACCCAUCAUAUAUCUUUGGUGAAAGAUACUGUGCAAGCACAUGUUGUCCUUCUGAUCAUUCCCGGUACAAGGGAACACUGGAUGUUUUCUACAAGGUGAUUAAGCAGGAAGGAUUUGUUAGAUUGUGGAGGGGUACUAAUGCGAGCUUAGUAUUGGCUGUACCAACUGUGGGGAUAUAUUUACCUUGCUAUGACAUGUUGCGCAAUUGGAUGGACGGUAUCGCUGUCAAUAGUUACCCUAAUCUAACACCUUAUGUUCCCCUACUUGCUGGUUCAGCUGCACGCACAUUGGCUUGUCUAGCUUGCUCUCCUAUUGAGUUGGCAAGAACACGUAUGCAGGCGUUCAAAGCAUCUCGAGCUGGAGGUAAGCCACCAGGAAUACGGACGACUCUACUCGGCGUUCUCUCACCAAGCAGGAGUAACAAUCACCUUGAGAAAAUUGAAGGGUACCGUGUGCUGUGGAUGGGUGCAGGAGCACAGCUUGCUCGAGAUGUUCCUUUUUCUGCCAUUUGCUGGUCGACUCUUGAGCCAAUUAGAAGGCGCCUACUUGGGCUAGUUGGUGAGGAUGGCAAUGCGGCUGGUGUUCUUGGGGCGAACUUUUUAGCGGGUUAUGUUGCGGGCAGUCUUGCUGCUGCCGUGACAUGCCCUCUGGAUGUUGCAAAAACUCGGAGACAGAUAGAGAAGGAUCCGGAGAGAAUGCUGAAAACAACCACGAGGCAAACCAUCGUACAAGUUUGGAGGAGCGAAGGAGCGAAGGGGCUUUUCACGGGCGUUGGACCGCGCGUGGGACGUGCAGGGCCUUCCGUGGGAAUCGUGGUUUCCUUUUAUGAGGUCGUCAAGUAUUUUCUGCUUAGAGGGCAGAUGGCCACCUCAUGAGCUCAUCUGGGCCACCAAGAUUUUUUUGGUCAUCCCAAUGGUUUCGUUUCCCUCGGGAAAGCGUGCUCGGCGAUAAAGAAAAAAAAGAGAGAGAGAUAUCUCUAGCCUUAAAAUGUGUCCAAACUAGUCCGUAGAUGGGUGCUUGUUUCCCCUAUCUGCUGCAGAUGUCCUAAGAUAAUACGUUCUUUCACCUUUUCUGGUGAUAUUUUACAUCCUAUCCUUCUCUUUUUUUAAUAUCA